AUCAGAAGAGUGCACCACCAGCACCAUUACCAUCACCCGAACAACCGCAACAACCAAAAGAAUCUGAUGUUAACAAGAGCAACAACAACAGCAACGAAGGACUUGACAGCGACGAGACAUUGACAAUGUUACACUUUUUCUACAUCGUUCGUCUAGCACAACAAGGUUUCUUUUCUGUCAUUUCGAGCUCGUUCCCCGACGUUGAAAUUGACGCCAUUGUCUAUCUGUGCGACAAGUUGGUUGGAAGUUCAUUGUUUGCAGUCAAGGACGGAUCGACUCAAGUCCGAGAAACGAAACAGAACGCCGUAUUCGACCUGUUACGAAAGUUGCACUCAGGAUCCGCGGAGGUAGUUGGGGAAGGGUAUUCGACAACAUUCCAACAAAUGAAAAAUAUGGUCCAUACCUUGAUCGAAAGCUCUCUCAGCCAAGUGCAGCAGCAGCCAUCAUCAUCAUCGACAACGGCCAAUGGUAGCAGCAGCAGCACCAGCGAUAAUACACAGCAACAAGAACAGCAACAAUGGCCCUUGGCUCCACCUAACGCACCGCCUCCGACGACACAACAUUGUGCACCACCUGUAUGGCUAGUGGUUCCCUUUAAUAGCAUGAUCGACAUGUCGGCGUUGUCAUUAUACCCGGCGAACAACACGGCUUCUAAAGUUUCUGCACCAGCAGUCCCAAAUACGGCUACUACUACUACUGCUGCUGCUGCAGAUACUUCUGAAGCAACUCGUAGGACAUCCGAAACGGCCCCUAUUGCGACUACAGCAGAAACAACAACUGCACAGGGGGAAGAGGAUCGUGGAAGUCGACGGGAAGAAAGAUCAGAAGGUGCUAGUCCAACUGGAGCUGAUAGUCAGGAUGACGAAGGACAACAUGGUCGAAGCGAUAUGAGUGGACGGGGCGGUGGUCGUGGAGAAAGAGGCCGAGGUCGUGGCCGCGGAUAUGGUCGUGGUCGAGGUCGCGGAGGAGGUGAAGGUGGACGAGGUGGUGGUGGUUUUCACGGAUUCCGUCCAAGAGCAGCUGGAUCGUACAACUACCGAGGCAACAGCAGCAGCAAUCGUGGUCGUAAGUGUAGCUUUUAGUUUGUGAAGAUAAGCUCCUUUGUUUAUUCUUGUUGAUCUCACAUACGGUACUAUUGAUUUCUCAUAGGAUGGUCGCCAACCCGAGCAGCUUAAACCAUGCAGCACAAAGGGGGGAAGUACAGAUAAUAUCAACUUAACUUGCUUACUUUGCGUAUAAUCCAAAAAUAAAAAUAAAUACAAAAUCAGUGGCUGUCUGGC